GCGAAAGGUGAGUGAUGGAGAAGAGAUAAGAGGUUUACCCAAACUUCGAAACGGACCGGUUUUUGGGUUCCUUCCUAUAAAGCGCAUCAGGCAAAAGCUGAAUUGCUGAUGAUGAGACUGCUCUCACAGUCACAGAACAACUUCCUCUUUCACUCUUUCCAUUUCAACUUCCACAGAAAUCACACUCACUGUUCUUUGACGCAGAAACCGAGAGACAGGAAGGAAUCAGAUGCCAUUACAUUUGUUUAACUGUCACAACCCACUAGAGAAUCCAGUUUUAUCUUCUUCUUCUUCUUCUUCUUCUUCUGCUUCUUCUUCUUCUUCUUCCUUUGAUUGUCCACAAGAUUACAUACUUUCAAAGCUUCAAGACACUCACAAAUGGCGCCAUCCCAAUAUUGGGGGAUGCGGUCUUAGAUCUGGGUAAAUGACAUGUUUCAACAACAGAGUGCUCAUAAUUCAAGCUUUCUUCAAAACAACUUAUUAGUUCGUGAUCAGCAUAUACCUUCUGAUGCCUGCUCGAUGGACCCCACAAAUGGAAAUAAUACCAGCAACAACCCAAAUUUGGCCUCAAAGCAGAGACUGCGAUGGACACAUGAUCUUCACGAACGAUUUGUUAAUGCAGUGGCACAACUUGGUGGUCCAGAUCGUGCUACACCCAAAGGUGUCCUUAGAGUAAUGGGUGUUCAAGGUUUAACAAUAUACCACGUCAAAAGCCACCUACAGAAAUAUCGACUCGCAAAAUACCUUCCCGACUCUUCAUCUGAUGGGAAAAAGGCUGACAAGAAGGAUUCUGGUGACAUACUAGCAAACAUUGAUGGCUCGUCGGGAAUGCAAAUUACUGAAGCACUUAAACUGCAGAUGGAGGUCCAGAAGCGACUGCAUGAACAAUUGGAGGUUCAGAGACAGCUACAAUUACGGAUUGAAGCUCAAGGCAAGUACCUGAAGAAGAUAAUUGAAGAGCAACAAAAACUUAGUGGGGUUCUUUCAGGAGCCCCUGUUGCCUCUGCCUUUACGGCUCCUGCUUCUGGUGAUAAGUGCCCAGAAACUGAUAAAAACGACCCACCAACACCUGCUCCCACAUCCGAGAUUCCUCGCCAAGAGAAAACAUCAAAGGAACGUGUCCAAGCCAAGAGUGUCUCUGUUGAUGAUUCUUUAUCGUCGCAUCACGAACCAUUGACACCAGAUUCUGGUUGCCAUAGCUCCCCAAAUGAGAGUCCAAGGCCAGUAAAGAAGCAAAGACAGUACAGGGAUGGUGCAUUUUCCAAAUCAGAGAUGAUACUUGCACAUCAGAUACUGGAGUCAAGCUUAAACUCCACUCACAAGGAAUCACGUGCUGUUUUUCCAGCCAGGGAAAAGUUCGAUCCUUCAUCUGGAAUAUCGAUAGGGGACGACGACCAGUUAGACUAAACAACAAGGUUGUUUUAGUCCUAGUGUUCCUUCUUUACACGUUCUUCCACGGUUAACUCUUGUUAUAGUUUUGCUAGUCUUUACAUGUGUAUCAUAUCACAUCUCGGCACAAAAAUAUUUUCCUGAGUAGGACCAAUAUUUGGUGAACCAUGAUGAUUAUAUCGAUGAUCCGGGUUGGACCAAUAUUUAGUCUUGGAGAAUUGUUUGGAGUUGAACUCAUCUUUGCAUUUUCUCGAUAUAAUCCACAUUCCCCUUCCAUUUGAAA